AUGGCUCACCACGCCUCACGAGUAACCUGGUCGAGGAACAUGUCGGUUAAACUAUCUACCAGCUGUUAUUACGAGGCUCUGGGGCCAGUUCCUCGCCUCAGCAUCAUCCAUGGCUGUGUGCGGCAGGCUAGACAACAUCUGCAUUCGGGUCCACGCGGCGCCAUUCCGCUGAUCCCCAAACGGACGCCCCCUCGACAGCCUCUACCCAAGGCUUCACCAGUAUGGUCCAGGUUCAAGUCUGAACUUGUGCCGGAGGCUACUCCUUACUCGGAGCUCACCAUUGGUAUCCCAGCUGAAACUUUUGAUGGCGAGAAGCGUGUCGCUGUCGCUCCACAGAAUAUCCCACUUCUAUUGAAGAAGGGAUUCUCACGUGUCCUCGUAGAGCGUGGUGCUGGCGCCAAUGCUGAAUAUGCUGACGAGGUUUACGAGCAUGUUGGCGCUACCGUCGUUGAUAGGAAGACAGUCUGGUCUGAGAGCAACAUUCUUCUGAAGGUCCGCGCCCCCAACGUCGAUACAGAGGUCCCCAAUCUUCGCCCAGGCACCACUGUGAUCUCGAUGAUCCAACCCAUGCAGAACAGGCCCCUUGUUGAAGCUCUCGCCAAGCAGCGCGUAACUGCUUUCGCCAUGGAUAUGAUCCCCAGAAUCUCUCGAGCGCAAGCAUUUGAUGUGCUUAGUUCCAUGGCAAAUAUUGCUGGCUACAAAGCCGUUCUGGAAGCAUCCAAUCAUUUCGGUCGUUUCUUGACGGGUCAAGUCACCGCCGCCGGCAAGAUCCCGCCGUCAAAAGUGCUCGUCAUUGGGGCUGGUGUUGCAGGUCUCAGCGCUAUUACCACUGCUCGGCGCCUCGGGGCAAUCGUACGUGGAUUUGAUACAAGAUCGGCUGCUCGAGAACAGGUUCAGUCCCUUGGCGCAGAUUUCUUGGAGGUUAACAUCAAAGAAGAGGGUUCUGCUGCAGGCGGUUAUAGCAAAGAGAUGUCCAAGGAAUUCAUCGAAGCAGAAAUGAAGCUUUUUAUGGAGCAAUGCAAAGAGGUCGAUAUCGUUGUUACCACGGCGGCGAUCCCCGGUAAGCCUUCACCCAAGCUCAUCACCGAGAAGAUGGUCAGUGCCAUGAAACCUGGCUCUGUGGUUGUCGAUCUGGCCUCUGAAGGUGGUGGCAAUUGCGAGGUUACCCAACCUGGAAAGCUCACCGUUCACAAUCAUGUUACGAUCAUUGGAUACACGAAUUUCCCAUCUCGACUUCCAACGCAAGCCUCAAGUUUGUACUCGAACAAUAUUACCAAAUUCCUGCUGUCAAUGGCACCAAAGGAAAACUCCUAUGGCAUCGAUCUAGAAGACGAGGUGGUGCGAGGCUCAAUAGUCACUCGAAAUGGCGAAAUUAUUCCUCCCGCUCCCAGAGCUGCUCCACCACCAACAACUCAAAAUCAGGAGCAUCAUGAAGAAGUCAAGCCUGUGGAACUGACCCCUUGGCAGAAGCAGACUAGAGAAGUCGCAACCGUCGCAGGAGGAAUGGGCGCUAUGCUUACCCUCGGAAAGUUUACGUCACCUCUUCUCAUGAGCAAUAUGUUCACCGCUAGCCUUGCUGGUCUCAUCGGCUAUCGAUCUGUCUGGGGUGUGAUCCCUGCCCUUCAUUCGCCGCUUAUGAGCGUCACCAACGCUAUUUCUGGUAUAGUUGGUGUGGGUGGCUUCUUCGUCAUGGGAGGUGGAUAUCUACCAGAGACAAUCCCUCAAGCUUUGGGUGCCUUGUCUGUGUUGUUGGCGUUUGUCAACGUCUCAGGCGGCUUCGUCAUCACGAAAAGAAUGUUGGACAUGUUUAAACGAGCCACUGAUCCUCCAGAAUAUCCAUGGCUAUAUGCAAUUCCUGGUGUUCUGUUUGGCGGAGGCUUUCUUGCGGCUGCAUCUACUGGUAUGGCUGGUUUAGUCCAAGCUGGAUAUCUCGUGAGCAGUUUGCUCUGCAUUGGCUCGAUAUCUGGCUUGGCCUCUCAGGCCACUGCACGAACAGGCAACCUUCUGGGUAUUCUCGGUGUUGGAGCAGGUAUCCUUGCGUCAUUAGCUGCCGCCGGCUUCUCGCCUGAAGUUCUAGCUCAGUUUGGAGGCAUCGCAGCCAUCGGAGCUCUGGCUGGUGCUUUGAUUGGACGCAGAAUAACGCCGACCGAACUUCCACAGACCGUCGCUGCGCUCCACUCGGUUGUCGGCCUCGCUGCCGUCUUGACUAGUAUCGGAAGUGCUCUGGCUCACGUUGAGGAUAUCUCUACCCUGCAUAUGGUCACAGCAUACCUUGGCGUUGUGAUUGGUGGUAUCACCUUCACUGGCAGUAUCGUGGCUUUCAUGAAACUCGCUGGAAAGAUGUCUUCGCGACCAUUGGCUCUACCAGGACGGCAUCUAGUCAAUUCUAGUCUACUUGCUGCAAACGUAGGCACGAUGGGUGCUUUCGUCACAAUGGCACCAGGCGCGCCGGCGGUAGCGGCGAUGGCACUUUCCGCGAGUACUAUUCUCAGCUUCGCCAAAGGGUACACUACCACUGCUGGAAUAGGUGGUGCUGAUAUGCCCGUUGUGAUUACUGUGUUGAACGCUUAUUCCGGAUUCGCGCUCGUCGCGGAGGGGUUUAUGCUUGACAAUUCUUUGUUGAUCACAGUCGGGUCGCUGAUUGGUGUCAGCGGCUCAAUCCUCUCCUAUAUCAUGUGUGUGGCGAUGAAUCGGUCGCUGACAAACGUCCUCUUUGGUGGCAUUGCUCCUAUCGCCCAAGCACCAGGCCACGAGAUCCAAGGUACUGUCACAAAGACCAGUGUUGAGGAGACGGUCGACUCGCUAGUCGAGGCACAGUCCGUCAUCAUUGUUGUUGGCUACGGCAUGGCAGUCGCAAAGGCCCAAUAUGCCAUCGCAGAGAUAACCGCGCUCCUGAGAUCGAAGGGUGUUAAUGUUCGAUUCGCAAUUCACCCUGUAGCAGGUCGCAUGCCUGGCCAAUGCAAUGUACUUCUCGCCGAGGCCAGUGUGCCGUACGAUAUCGUGCUGGAGAUGGAUGAGAUCAAUGACGAUUUCCCGGAAACUGACCUCACACUUGUCAUCGGAGCAAAUGAUACUGUCAAUCCUAUUGCCUUGGAGUCUGGAAGUCCAAUCGCUGGAAUGCCAGUGUUGCAUGCUUGGAAGAGCAAGCAGGUAAUCGUCAUGAAGAGAGGCAUGAGCAGUGGUUAUGCUGAUGUCCCUAACCCAAUGUUCUACAUGCCCGGAACAAAGAUGCUCUUCGGCGACGCCAAGGCCACAACCGAUGCGAUCAAGGCUGCCCUUGAGAACAAGUACAGGGCUAAAUUCCACGUCUAA